AGCCAUGGAGAAAGGGUUGAGUAUAUCUGUCAAAAUUACUACACAAUGGACGGUACACCAUAUAAAACCUGUGAAAAUGGUAAAUGGACUGGACAGAUGAGAUGCCUCAAACCCUGCACUGUAAAUAGAGACGACAUGAACAAACACAAUAUUCAAUUCAGAUUUGUCAGGGAUGAUAAGCUGUAUUCAGUACAUACUGAUGUAAUUGAGUUCAGCUGUACCAGGGGAAGACCUGUUGGCAGUUUGAGAAUGCGUCAGAAGUGCAUUGACGUGUGUUCAGUGCUCCCAAAUGUUCCUCACUCUCACGUGUCAGAAGGAACCAGCAAAGCUGUGUACCAGGAAGGAGAUGUGAUACAUUUUUCUUGUGAAUCUGGUUACAUAUCAGAUCAGAUCUCAACCUUUGUAUGCACAACUGAUGGUUGGCUGGUGCUCCGUCAGGGAAAGUGCUACUCAUGUUUAACGCUUCCAGAUGUUCCCAAUGCCCAAGUAACACAAGAGACAAGAAAAUCUCAGUAUCGAGCAGGAGACAUGAUACAUUUCGCUUGCGAACCUGGCUAUACAUCAGCUCUCACCAUCAAAUAUGUAUGUGCGACUGAGGGCUGGCAGCCACUCCACAAGGGAUCGUGCUACCUUUCAUCUUCCACAUGUGACCCUCCUCCUACACUUCAAGGGUUAACAGUGAAAGGUUUACCAGAAAAUUCUAUUCCCAUACGUCCCGAUCACAUCCUUACAUUCAGCUGUGAUGGUCCUGGGAAGUAUCUGAAUGGCGUUUCUGUGCUGAUAUGUGGACAAGAUGGACAAUGGAAUAAUCCAUUCCCGACUUGCAUAGAUCUUGUAAAGUCGGUGUUAUGCAUCCUCAUCUCUACGUAG